GCAGAGCAGGACACCAGGAGCUUAGAACAAAUAUUGUCAUGGAUGACUCAUUGCUUGAGUAAUUAGAUUUGGCGGCUUUCUGAGUCACGCGCUUGAUGCGCGUCUACCACUGUAGCCUGCUCUUUAGUCACUGGAUUAUUGUCAUUUUGCCAACACCGGUGAUGGAAUAGAUGAUGUCGGAAGUCCAGGGCACUGUGGAGUUCUCGGUGGAGCUGCACAAGUUUCACAAUGUGGAUCUGUUUCAGAGAGGCUUCUAUCAGGUGAGGGUAGGACUGCAUGUUUCACCUCGAGUUCCCCAUAGAAUCACUGCCAAAACACCUGGAUACACAGGAGAGUGUAGUUUCAGCAGUGCAGGGGUUCAUGAUGGCGCGGUGUUCAGCCGGAUCUUUCAGAUCCUCUACAGGAACGAGGAGGUGACCCUAGAGGACCACAUGAACUUUAGAGUUCACCUGCUUCUGGAUGGAGAGAGGGUGGAGGAAGCCAUGAGUGAGGUGGAUGUUCAGCUGAAACUAGAUCUGCACUUCACUGACAACGAACAGCAGUUGUCAGAUAUAUCAUCAGUGCCUUUGAUCAGCAGCAGGAUGUUGGGUCUACACUUCCAUCCACACCGCGGCCUACACCAUCACCUGCCCGUCAUGUUUGACUAUUUCCACCUGUCUGUCAUCUCUGUCUCCAUCCAUGCCUGCCUGGUGGCAUUACACCAACCACUGAUCAGUUUUGCACGGAGUGGUAAAGGGGCGUGGCUGGGUAAAGGAUCUCCAGAGAGUGAGGCUCCGCCCUCGAUGAUGUCAGUGGAGAAUCUGAUGUUUGGGGCAGGGUAUUGCAAACCUGUUCCAACAGAGGGCAGUUUUUACGUGCCGUCGGAGAACCGUCUGCAGAGAGCGUACACGUGGCAUUGUCGCAUCUGUAAACUGCUGCUGGCUGCUCACAGAGGCCUGAGCUCAUAUUACACAGCUCUAAUGAAGGAGAUUCCUCAACUGCAACACAUAGAAAUGGAAGACCUUCCCAUUGAAGAAACAUUAAACGAGCUCACCAUUGAACUGCAGUUGCAGAGUGGUCAUGAGAAGGUAGCAGAUCAGAUCAGUAAACAUCUGAUGCAGUUGUGUGCUCAACUGUCUGCUGUUUGGACACAGUUUUUGGAAGCCAUGGUUCCCAAUCCACAUAUCCGCUCUUACCUGGCCCAGGAGCACCACACGCUCAGGGUCAGGAGAUUUUCUGAAGCUUAUUUCUUCACUGAACAUUCCAAAGAGUCCUCACUCACAUUUCAGGAGGAACUUAUCAACAGACACACACAGGUAGCCGCAGAGAUGCGGAACUCUGAUUAUCUGCUCCAAAUGCCCCCACUUCCUGUGGAAUGCUUGGACAUCGAUGGAGACUGGAGCAGCCUGCCAAUCAUCUUUGAGGAUAGAUACGUGGACACGCCCUGUUUAGAUUACACCAUCCAAGUGCCAAACCAGAUGGUCUCAAAUUCUAAUGCCUGUCCAGACCCAAAUAGGAUGGAAGACCAAACAAACCGAGAGGACCCCCACUGUAAAGAUUGCACGGGUCUGCCCACAUACAAGGCUCUGACUGUUCAAGAACAGGAUUGCUCCACAGACUACAAAGAAACCAGAGCUCAAGCAGAGAGUUUGAUUGGCUGUGUGGGCGAGACAGAUAUUGAUAGAAGCAAACAUAUCUACGAGACCUUCACAACUAGCUCUGGUUCAAGAUUUGAGUCGGUUGAUGAAGAAACAUGCCAGUAUGAAACUGAGGAAGGAAUUGACCAAAUAGACUGUAGGUCUGUAGACAGCAUUGAUGCCAUAAAUAUAGUUAAUUUAAUCCCAGGUAAUGUAGAGAAAACUGGAUGCCAAACAGAAGCAAGUGACUUUGCUGAUCAGAGUGAGAAGAAUUUUGUUCAAUCUUAUCAUGCAAGUUUGAAACAAACUAAAAUUACCCAAAGUAGCAGCAGAAAGACUUUGUUGCUUGUUCUGACAGAAUCUGCAGAACUUCCUGAUCUCAGCAGUAUUGACAGCAACGACUCCCUGCCCACUCAUAACCAUGACAACCACCUAGAAACAACAGGCAAUAACGGGAACCUUGGCAAUGAGGAGCCAAUCUCAAUAUUAGAUGACAGAAACACUGAAGCACCAGCAAAGUAUUUUGGGAGUGAGGAAACAUCACCGGCUAGUCUACUGAACGUUCACUCUCCAGAAAACGACCCUCAAGCUACAUGCCCUUCACUUAACACCCUACAACAGAUCCGUCGCUUGUCAGAAACCCCACCCAGGGGUGUAUUUUUGGGUGGGUCUAAGCUAAUGAACCGCUCUUCAUCUGUAAUCUCAGACUCUGGCAUUGAAAGUGAGCCGAGCUCCAUGGCCUGGACUCUGGAGGGUCGAGGAGUCAUCACAGUGGGUCGUGAUGUCUUGCAAAACCUGGCCUGGCGUCGGGCGACAUACCAGAGGUCUCUGGAGGGGCUACAAACGGAAAGUCACGGCAGCUUGCUAAGCACCACGCAAGCUUCUCUGACCUCCAUAAGCUCUCUGCCGUACGAAGAGGAGGAGACACAACUCAACACUCUCACCAAAUCCACCUCAGCGCCGCAGAUCAGCAGCCCUGAUGACACAGAGGAUCGUGAAAUACCCAAUCAGGAGAAAAGUACUGUUUGUGAAGCCAGUCAGGAGAGGCAGAGAAACGAAGCAGCCAAUGAGGCCAAGCAGAAUCUACAAGGUGUUACAAUGGAGGACAGAACUGAAACACCCAAUCAGGAGAAGAAGAGCUUCAGUGUAGCCAAUCAGAUGAGGCAGGGUGAUGAAGCAGCCAAUGAGGUGAAACAGAAUGUGCAAGCUGUUACUAGGGAGGACAAAAAUGAAACAAAUAAUCAGGAGAUAGACAGGGAUGAGUUAUCCAAUCAGGAAAAGGCUGUCAAAGACAGUCUUGUGCCAGAAAUGUUGCUAUAUCAGCAAUUAGUGAUGGAUGAUGUUGUAGAAAAUGCCACAGUGGAUGAACCGACUGAUAAUUCAGAAGAAUAUCAAAGUAAUAUAUUGCUUGAAGAGUAUUCUGGUCUUGCAGAUGAAAACGCAGAGCUUUGUAGUUACGAAAUUGAACUUUGUGAACACACUGGGGCACUAGAGUUGAAGACAUAUCAAAAGGACUCUGACAACAUUAGUGUCCAUCAAAUUCAUUUGAAUGAGCUUGAGGAAGUAAGUAUGGAGAACCUCCCUGAUCCACCAAUUAGUGACAAGAACAAUCACGAAAUUACGACCAAUGAGAGAGAGAGACCUACUUAUCUCAUCGAACUUCCAACCAAUGAGAGAGAGCAGCAGGCACUAGAGGGGCAGAGCAGAGCCAAUAAGCUUCAGAGUUCGGGUCUGGCAUUUGUGAAUAAAAAGGUGGUCGAGGUUGUGAACCUGUCAGUGUCGUGCGCUCCAACCUGUCUGCCUUUUUCAUCCGUACUCCAUGAUUCGCCUUCGGUCAGUGGAAUCUCCACCCGUCAAGCCACCUCUCCCAUUACACAUCAACCUCUGGGCUCAUUCGGAAUCAUUUCCUCUUCCCCUUCCUCUGGUGCUGACCAGGAAAUCAAUGAGAGGAUGAUCAACUUCUAUAAGGCAAAAGAAGCCCUGCUGAGAGAGCUAGUGUUUGGAGGAUGUCUGUACAGUGAUUUGCCUUACCUCGCCUCUGAUUACCCAUACUUCCCUCCUGAAGAAGACGAUACUGAGUUUGAGGAUGGAAUACACCUUGUGGUGUGUGUACAUGGACUAGACGGUAAUAGUGCAGAUCUGCGUUUGGUCAAGACCUUUAUAGAGCUUGGGCUGCCAGGAUCUAGACUGGACUUCCUCAUGUCUGAACAUAACCAGAUGGACACAUUUUCAGAUUUUGACACCAUGACGGACAGACUGUUGGAUGAGAUUAUUCAACACAUUCAGCUGUACAAUCUCACUAUCCACAGAAUCAGUUUUAUCGGUCAUUCUUUGGGGAAUAUCAUCAUUCGCUCAGUGCUGACCAGACCCAGGUUUCGCUGUUAUCUCUGUAAACUCCACACCUUCCUGUCUUUGUCUGGACCUCACCUGGGAACACUGUAUAACAACAGCACGUUGGUCAGCACAGGUCUGUGGCUUAUGCAGAAACUAAAGAAGUCUGGAUCUCUAUUGCAGCUUACGUUCAGAGAUCAUACUGACCCACGACAGACCUUCCUCUACAUGCUCAGCAAGAAGCCAGGUCUGCAAUAUUUUAAGAAUGUGGUCUUGGUGGCCUCCCCGCAGGACCGAUACGUGCCCUUCCACUCAGCCCGCAUUGAGAUGUGUCGGACCGCACUUAAAGACAGAACCACAGGUCCAGUAUACACAGAGAUGAUCAAUAACUUACUCCAGCCUUUGCUGAGCGCUCCAAACUGCCGUUUGAUCAGACAGAAUGUGUUCCACGCAUUACCCAACACGGCAAACACGCUCAUCGGACGCGCGGCUCACAUUGCAGUGCUCGACUCUGAACUCUUCCUGGAGAAGUUCCUUCUAGUGGCCGGGCUCAACUACUUCAAAUAGCCAAUGAAACCACACAUUAGAGACGACCUCAUGUUUUGAGUUCUGUGGGAGAGCCAAUUAGAUUACACUUCAAAGGCAGAAUCAGCCAAUCAGAUCUCAUUUCAGAGAUGGUAAUCAGCUCUGGAAUUUUCCAAAAAGUUCAGUCAGUGGACGUGCCAAAACAAAUUGAAGAUUCAGAAUGUGGAUCUGAAUACUGUAAAAAUUUGUACAGAAAGGAUAUUGUAUAGUAAGCAAAUAGAGAAAACGAACAAUUGAAGGCCUACACACGCCUUAAAGGAGCUUUAUAAUUUAGUAACUUGAUGUCAAAUAAUCAUAACUGGAGAGUUAAUUGUCAGAUGAAUGUAAUUUGAAUAUCAUAUAAAUGUAAAUUUUGUGUGUAGCUGGUAUCGUAACGAGAACUUUGGUUCUCCUUUCCCUCCAGUCGCCUGAACGUGUAUUUGCAACAGCAUUCGUAACUUGAAGAGGUCGAUACCGCUGGACUCUAAUACUUGAAUAGUAAAUUCACUCGUUUCAAGUUUUGCGUUAUGAAAACGUACAAAUAUUUUUAUGUUUUCAAAAUUAUUUCUUUUUACCAAGUCAUUAUUUUAUAGUUUGUGUAUUUUGACAGCGUUUAGUGAAAAUCUCACUGUGAAAAAGACAAAUCCAUUGUGUUUUAUGUAUUGUGAUACAUUCUGUAUGCCUCCCUUGUAACCAUAUUCAUUAGGACUUGAUCUGAAUGUGUUAACCAUUUGCAGCCUUAAUUAUAACAAGGUAUGUCAAUGAUUUCAUGAAUUUUGAUUCAUUUUCAAGUUAUGUUUAAAAUAGUGUUUGUGUACCCCAACAAAAUGUCGAAAAAAUACUUUGUUUUAAUGAUUUUGUUGUUGUUUUCAUUCUUUGUAUUGGCGUCCAUGUCUAUUAUUUGCUAAAUCAUUUUAAGGAAUAUUCUGGGUUUAAUACAACUUAAGCUCAAUCGACAGCAUUUGUGGCAUAAUGUUGAUUACUACAAAAUUAAUUUCGAUUUAUCCCUUCUUUAAAAAAGGUUUACAGUGAGGCACUUACAUUGGAAGUGAAUGGGGCCAAUCCGUAAACAUUCAUAUACGGUUUCAAAAGAAUAGCCACAAGAUGUAAAAAAAAUAUGCAUGUUAACAUGAUUUUAGUGUGAUAAAAUUGCUUAUCCUUUUCUGUGUAAAGUUAUAUCCAAUUUUACAACUUUUCCAUGACGAUGUAAGACUGUUAACCCUACAACAACCAUAAAAAUGACGAUUUAAACUACUUUACAGCUCAAAUAACACACGUUUUAACAGAAGAAUAAAUGUAAGUGCUUUUAUAAAAUUAUAAGCAUCACAUUUCUGCCUUUCAAUCCUCCAAAAAUUGGCCCCAUUCACUUCCAUUGUAAGUGCCUCACUGUAACCUCAACUUUUAAAUAAUUUUUAUUUAAGAGCCAAAAUAAUUUUUCUGGUAAUCAACACCACACCACAAAUGCUGUUGAUUGAGCUUAACUUUAAUUGAAUGUGAAAUAUUCCUUUAGUGAGCGCGUUUACAUGCUCCUUCUAACACCGAUUAUUCUUAAUAAACCGACAACAUUUAAGGUCAUGUAAAGGCCUUAAAUGGGUUUCCUUUAUUAGGGUGAGGUCUUGAAUGGUUUAAGCAAAAAAACUAUCGACAAACGUUCAUUUUUGUCCAAUACCCUGAAUUCGCGUUGCAUGUAAACACUUUUACCAGCAUUUUUUUUUCCGGCUUAUCCAGUGUGCGCAAGUGUUGUGCACUUGACUGUUUACGGUUUGAUGUCAAAAGCAGAGAAUUACCCGAUGAUUUCAAACCUCAUGUAAACGUUUUUUUUUUUUUUUUUUUUUUUUAAUAAGCUGCUUUUUGAUAAUUAUCAGCAUAUUGGUGUGCGUGUGCAUGAAAACGUGCUCAUUGUGUUUAAAGCCAUAACAUUAAUUUAUGUACAAUUGGGCAGGGCCAAGUGAAUAAAAAAAAGGGGUGGGGUCUUUCCAACACCCCCACCAGAAUAUUUACAGUAUUUCCAUAUUUCUUGCUUUUCUGAUACUCUUUAGAAUAAUACUGUAGGACUUUAAUGUUUUGAUUACUUUUUUAAUUUACACAUUUAUUGUAAUAGCCUGAGAAUCAGCCAUUGAAAAACCCUUAUCAGUUGAGCACUAAUCUGAAUAUUGGGAGAAAUGUCCCCCGCUCAAUGUCAGUAGUGGUGCUUCUUUUUUAGUCUGUGAAAAACAUUUUUCAGCCUGUUUGUGUGCAUUAUGUUUGUGUGUGUUGUUUGGUUGUCAACAAAACUGUUUACAUUUCAAUGUCAUGGUGUUAGCACUGGUUCAGUGUAAUGGUAGCCAGCUGGAAUGUAGCUGUGCAGUGUGUAAACCUCACUUCCCUGGCCUCAUGAGGUGCACUAGCGACUGACACUAGGGGCUGUAGCCUUUAGUCUCCUCACUAGCACGCCCACCUUCCAUGCCGGCGACGCUGGAUCAAAUCCCGCUCUAAGCAUGUCGAGCAGAGCCGGUUACAGUGGUGCCAUGACCUGGAUGGGAGUGAGGUUUAGGGGGAUGAGUGUAACGGUAGGCAGCUGGUAGGUAGCUGUGCAGUGUGUAAACCUUACUCCCCUGGCCUCAAGAGGCGCACUAGCGUGUGACACUGGGGCUGUAGCCUUUAGCCUCCUCAUUAGCGUGCUCGUCUCCCAUGCCAGAGAUGCCGGUUCGGCUCCGAGCAGGACCGGUUACAGUGGUGCCAUGACCCAGAUGGCAGUGAGGUUUAGGGGGAUGAGUGUAAUGGUAGCCAGCUGGUAGGUAGUUUUGAAAGUGUAUUCCAUGACUAGUCAAGGAGAGCAACUAGUACAUUAUCAACAGCUCUUUUAUUGUAUUGUAUUACACUGGAAUGAAAGCGAAAUUAGACUUAAAUGGGACAUAUUCUACAUUUGUGUAGCACAGCCCAUUAGGGACUGAUUUUAGGCUGGGAGGAGGGAAGGAAGUCAGGAGUUUGUAACAUAAAUAUAAGCAAAUAAUAAGAUAAUUUUCAUUUUGGGGUAAGCUGCCCUCUGAAGUUUUUUCCAAAUAGGUUGUUGUUUGGUUGUCUGCUCCUCAAGGGUAACACUCAAAUAUUUUACUCAAGCCAUACCUCAGGUUUUCCCCUCAUUCAGCAUCUUUAGCUCUAGUUUCUUUGAGGUCUGGGUCUCAUUCAGCUGUGGUCAGCACCGUGCGAUGGGGUUUAUAUCAGAGCAGUCGUGUCAGCAGAGUUAGAAGAUGUCCUUUCUGUCCACACUGAGCUUUUAUAUGUGCUGACUGGUGCUUGAUUAGUCUGUAAAUACGCUGUCACUAUGACAGACACAAAUGUAAUCCUGCCUCUUGAGAACACAGAGGUCACAUGACUGUGUCACGUGACUCCAAUGCAGCGUUACAGCUAAAAGGGGCCCAUGGCAUAAUGGCCCAUAACCCAUCAUGCUCUUCUGCACUGGGCCUCAUUGUGUGUUUGUUUGUUUGCUUGCUAAUGUGAGCUGAUGGCUGUGUUUGUUAAGCAUAUUAAUUGCGGAAAUAAAGCACCGAUUUACACUGCAAACACAGACCAAGGGCAAAAGCAAGUGCUUGUGUGUGCGCAAGUGUGAAGUAUAGGGUGUUAAAAAAUCACCUUAUUUUUCUGGAAAUGUAUGAACAGAUGCUUGAUUCAAAAGGUUUUAUUUAUACACAUGAAAUGUUAAAUUAAGAAAAUAAUUUCUUUGCCCCUUUAAGCAGUUAAACCUUCAAUAAUCCUUAAAACAAAGAGAGAGUUACACUUUAUAAGACUACAUGAAAUUGUUUGACGAACACAAUGUUCUUUCCUUUGUUGAUGUAUUUCUGA